UGGCAGAGCUGUGUGUGGUGCAGAGGAGGCAGGAGAUGACUGCUGCCCCCCUCACUUCUCCACUGAGCCCCCAGGAGAGUGGAGAGGGAGAAGGACUGCAUGGGGACUGUAGCCUACGGCUGCACAGCGAACGCUUUUUCUCAGCGCUGGUUUGGAAAUGAUCUUACAAACACGCAGCUAAACCAUGCAGACUCAGGCCAUUUAAAACCUUUUAUUUAUGUUAAGUAAAGCUCUUUCGUGAGUUGCAGUUACAAGUGAGUAGAAGCCUGCUAUGGAGGACCUCUUGAGUCAAAAUGAGUCUGAGCACUGACAAUGUCACAAACUUGUGGAAAAAUGGUUCCUCGGAACUCGACGGCACUCCGGGCGCGUCCUCCCAGGUCAAUUUCACCAACAGCUCCGGGGGGAACAACACGGAGCACAGCGAGGUGGACCUCACCCGAGCCAUCCCGCUCGGCUUGGUACUGGGGGCUUUCAUCGUGUUCGCUAUCGCGGGUAACAUCCUCGUCAUCCUCUCGGUGGUGUGCAACAGGCACCUACGCACCCCGACGAACUACUUCAUCAUCAACCUGGCCAUCGCCGACCUGCUGCUGAGCACCACGGUGCUGCCGGUGUCCGCCACUCUGGAGAUCCUAGACUACUGGGUGUUCGGCAGGAUCUUCUGUGACAUCUGGGCGGCGGUGGAUGUGCUGUGCUGCACCGCGUCCAUCAUGAGCCUGUGCGUAAUAUCCAUCGACCGCUACAUCGGGGUGAGCCAUCCGCUGCAGUACCCGGGCAUCGUGACCGAGAAGCGGGCUCUGCUUGCCAUGCUCGGCGUAUGGGCGCUGUCUGUGGUCAUCUCCAUUGGACCUCUGUUCGGGUGGAAGCAGGAGCCAUCGCCGGACGACACGGUGUGCCCGAUCACCGAGGAGCCGUUUUACGCGCUCUUCUCCUCCCUCGGCUCCUUCUACAUCCCUCUCGUCGUUAUUCUGGCCAUGUAUUGCCGGGUGUACAUAGUCGCCAAACGGACCACUAAGAACCUGGAAGCCGGUGUGAUGCGAGAGAGGAUGAACUCCAGUGAGCUGACCCUCAGGAUCCACAAGGGUUCUCAGGUGCAGGAGGACCCCGGCGGCACCGGCAAGGGCCGUGCGCACCAAGCGAGAAGUUCCCUUACGGUGAAACUUCUGAAAUUCUCCCGGGAGAAGAAAGCGGCAAAAACUCUGGGAGUUGUGGUCGGCAUGUUUACGCUUUGUUGGCUGCCCUUCUUUCUCGCCUUACCCAUAGGGUCGUUUAAUGUGAACUUGCGUCCACCUGAUGUCCUCUUCAAAGUGAUCUUCUGGCUGGGAUACUUCAACAGCUGCCUGAACCCCAUCAUCUACCCUUGCUACAACCGUGAGUUCAAGCUGGCCUUCAUUCGCAUCCUAAGAUGCCAGUGUCACCAGCGUAAACGACCCGGCUGGAGGGCGUACAAUUACCGUUCCUCCAACUUCAGCUCCUCUGGACACUCACGCAAAGGCUCAGCUGACCACAAUUCCAGCUGCUUGAACGGCAGCCAGCGUACUCUGCCCUCCUCAGCCAGUCCGAGCCCAAGUUACCUGAGCAAGUGUCUCCCACCUUGCCCUGAAGGAGAAACAUUAUACAUCUGGGGGGCCACCACCCCAACUCCCUCCAUACCCAACUUGCUGCCUGGUAGCCCCGUAGACUGCGAGCAAGUAGCUCUGAGAGGGGAGAUAAUGGGAGGGAAACCAGCUGAAGAGACAACCGGCAGCAUUUUAUCUUUCUCCUUUGGGAAGAAUCGAGACAAGCGAGGGAUCAGCAAAGACAGCAUUGUGCCUGAUGACAAGGUGUGACUGCUGAAUCUUACUGAGAUGUGACUUGUUCAUUCCUUAUAGGGAUUAAAGUCACAUUUCACAGGUUUGCUGCUUUCACUGUACAUGGUCCCAUGAUCAUUCAUCGGUCAGAGGACUGUCAUUGUCAUUAGUGGUGAAUGUAAGGAAACUGUGUAUUGACUAUGCUGCUGAUUCAUUCUCUAUUUUGUAUGUUACUGUAUCUGUGGUUGACAUCGACAGGAAGAUUUCUUUCAAUGGACAGCAAAGAGACAAAAUUACUGUUGGCCACCCUCUUCAGGACUGAAGACACCAGUGCAUGCAUUUUGAUUAAAUUAAAAACACAUUCGGAGGGAAAAGGACACAUUUUCAGAAAACAGUCUUACCCAACCUUCACUUCAGUCCAUCUCUGCCCUGUAAAAAGACUGAACGUGACAAAGAACUUGAUUUGUGUAAAAUGUGUGAUAAGACAAAUGAUCAUCUUUCUGUUGCAGUCACUUGAUAUCUUCAUGGUAUGUUGUGGAAAUUUGUUGUGCGCACGAUCAUCAGAUAUCUUGUUUGUAUGUUUGAUGUUCAAAAAGUUCUGAAUAUCAAUAUUAGAAAUGUGAUCGAUACAUGAAUAAACAUAGAAUGUUGCUGAAA